AUGUCGACCAACGGCGAGCAAAAGGGGGCGGACAACAACAUCGAGGUGUGGAAGGUCAAGAAGCUGAUCAAGCGCCUCGAGGCCGCGCGUGGCAAUGGCACCUCCAUGAUCAGUCUGAUCAUCCCGCCCAAGGACCAGGUCUCCCGCGCCUCCAAGAUGUUGGCAGAAGAGUUUGGUACCGCGUCGAACAUCAAGUCGCGCGUGAAUCGCCUCUCCGUCCUCUCCGCCAUCACCUCCACCCAGCAACGCCUCAAGCUGUACAACAAGGUCCCUCCCAACGGCCUGGUCGUCUACUGCGGUGAAAUCAUCACCGCCGAAGGCAAGGAGCGCAAGAUCAACAUCGACUUUGAGCCCUUCAAGCCCAUCAACACCUCCCUCUACCUGUGUGACAACAAGUUCCACACCGAGGCCCUGAGCGAGCUGCUCGAGUCCGACCAGAAGUUCGGCUUCAUCAUCAUGGACGGCAACGGCGCGCUGUUCGGCACGUUGUCUGGCAACACUAGAGACGUCGUCCACAAGUUCUCCGUCGAUCUGCCCAAGAAGCACGGCCGCGGUGGCCAGUCCGCCCUGCGUUUCGCCCGUCUGCGUGAGGAGAAACGCCACAACUACGUGCGCAAGGUGGCCGAGUUGGCGGUGCAGAACUUCAUUACCAACGACAAAGUCAACGUGGUCGGCCUCAUCCUGGCUGGCUCGGCGGAUUUCAAGAACGAUCUCAACCAAUCCGACAUGUUCGACGGGCGCCUGCAGAACAAAGUCAUCAAGGUGGUCGAUGUGAGCUACGGCGGCGAGAACGGAUUCAAUCAGGCCAUUGAACUCUCCUCGGAAACGCUGUCCAAUGUCAAGUUUAUCCAGGAGAAGAAGCUUAUCAACCGCUACUUUGACGAAAUCAGCCAAGACAGUGGCAAGGUGUGCUACGGCAUCGACGACACCCUCAAAGCCCUCGACGCCGGAGCCGCGGAGACGCUCAUUGUCUUUGAGGAUUUGGAAAUGACGCGAUGGGAACUCAAGACCAGCGCCGGCAGCUCCGUGAUCCUGCACACCACCAAAGCCCAAGAGGCUGACCGCAGUCUUUUCAUGGACAAGGAGACGGGGCAGGAGAUGGACGUCAUCAACCAGCAGCCCUUCCUCGAAUGGCUCGCCGAGAGCCACCGCGAUUUUGGCGCUCUGUUGGAGUUUGUGUCAGAUCGCUCGUCCGAAGGCAAUCAGUUCGUGCGCGGCUUCGGUGGAAUCGGCGCCAUUCUUCGGUACAAGCUCAACUUUGAGCAACUCGCCGAUGCGGACAGCGAGGACGAAUUCUACGACGAUUGA